AUGGCACUGCAAUCUGGUGGCAGUCUUGACCCUCCUCCAUACAGCGCGCGAGCUGGGAACCCCGUCGAAGAAGCCGUGGACCACUUGAUCCUGGUUCUGGAGGGGCGGUCCAUCUACCCCGAGUCAGCGGCUAACCCUCCACUGUAUACACUAUCCCAUGAGAUCGCUGGACUGCCAGAGUCGGCCUCCCUGGUCAAAUUGGAGCGACUCGACAGAAUGGUUCGAAGUUCCCCAGAUGGCGCACCUCGAACCACAUGUCGAACCAAACAUAUUUAUAAUUUGCAACAUUUGCUCCCUGUCAUGUCCCCCAAAUUCGCUUUCUCCCUCACGGCCAUGUCCCGAAAAGCAUUUGCGCGCAAAGUCGGCUUCAGAAAGUCUGCACGUUUGGGACAGGAGUUCAAGGCGGUGACGAUAAUGUCAAUUCCUGGAGACAACCUUCCCAAGGGUUACAAGGCACUCAGGUCGUCUGAUAAGGAAUUGGAGCAAAUCUUUGCAGUCAGGCGGCGCAAGGACACUUUGGAGUGGCUUGGACUCGAUAAACUACUGCUUGCAAUGGAAGACGAACAAGACGGCCAACAGCGCUUACUCGUUAUGUCGGCUCUCUCCAGGGAGAUGAUGGAUAUAUUGGUCGCAUGUUGGUGUUUGAGGAUCUGGCAGACUAGUAUUUCCAAGCGAAAAGAAGGCCGACCUUGGAUCAAAAGUAUUUGCUUUCAUAAGAAUCUCUUCUUCGCUCGCUCUCCGAGCCGAUUAGCCACUAACAAGUCGCAGUCAAUUCCCGUGUACGGAAAUCCAGAGAGGUACUACCGAGAUACUGGUGAGGAUGAACCGGUAUGA